AUGGAGCAGUUUGAGUCACUGCUGACGUGCUGCGUCUGCUUGGACCGGUACAGAAAUCCAAAGCUGCUACCAUGUCAGCACAGUUUCUGUAUGGAACCAUGUAUGGACGGCCUUGUCGACUAUGUCAGGCGACAGGUUAAAUGUCCAGAAUGUCGAGCAGAGCAUCGAAUCCCUUAUCAAGGGGUACAAGGCUUUCCUACAAAUGUAACUUUACAAAGGUUUUUAGAGCUACAUGCUCAAAUUGCUGGUGAAUUACCAGAUCCCACAGCUGGGCAGGUUAUGGAAAGAUGCAAUGUUUGCUCAGAAAAAGCAUAUUGCGCGCCUUGUGCCCAUUGUGAAAAGAAAGUCUGCGAAGACUGUAAAUCUGCACAUAUGGAAGUACUUCGCAGAGAAAUAGCAAGAAUUAAUAAUCAAAUACGACGAGGUGUAAAUAGGUUACAAGAUAUUUUAGCAGUCGUAGAGCGAAAUACUGCAAAUUUACAAAAUAAUUGUGGUGCAGUAGCUGGGGAAGUAGAUGAAAUUCAUAAGAGGCUCGCUAAGGCUCUAAAAGAUCGAACUGAUUUCUUAAGAAAUGAAAUAGACCGUUAUUUAGCUACUGAACUUAGAAACUUGACUCAUCUUAAGGAUAAUUUAGAAUUAGAGCUAAGUAAUAUUCAAAGUAAUUGUGAUCUCGCUGAUAAGUAUAUGAACGAUGAUGUUGAAUGGGAGGAUACUGAACUCGUUGAUACCAAGGAAAUAUUCUUGAAAACGGUUGAAUUUUUACGUAAUUUUGAUUAUGAAGCUGGUGACUAUAACCGUAGGAUACGAUUUAUAAUGACACAUGAUCCGAAUCAAUUAGUUAUGCAUGUUGCUAGUUACGGAGAACUAAACAUUACACAUCCAAACGCGUACUCAGCUGGAUUACAACAAUCGCAAGGAUUGACAAGAUCGAAAAGUGACCAUCGCUUAGCAACGCAAUUCCGUCAACAAGAGGAAGCUAAGGGAUAUACGGAAAAUGAUGAACCAAUCCUAGGCGGUCGCAAGUUUGGUGAACGACGACCACCACCGCCAGAAAAACAUACAAGAGAUUAUGGUACUACUGAUGACUAUAGCGGUUAUGAGUCGGAACACAGACCAUCACGUAGAUUCCGAUCUCGCUUUGUGAGAAGUCAUCAAGCAGAUAAUGAUUCUGAUACUGAAACAACGACUCGGUCAGUCAAAUCUGAACAUAAAGAAAAGGAAAAAGAAAAAGUGGCUGAUACAGAAGAUGCCACGCGUGGUCCUCUUAGUGGUAUAUUUAGAUUAAGCGAUUGUCCUCGUGUAAUGCAAAGAAUACUUGACGUAGAUAGUGGUAAAAAAAAAGAAAAAAAAGAACCUCCUCCACCUCCGAAACCAGUACAACCUGCACCUCAACCACAACGUCGGCCGCCACCACCAGCCCGACAACAAAGUGAAGAUGAUGAAAUUUCUCGCCUAAAAAGACAAAAUAAAGGUGCAGCUUCUUCACAGGAGCCAGAUCGGCCAGUUCAACGACCUGCAGAAGAAGAACGAAGUUCAGUUAAUCGCAAACCACCAACACCAGCUCGGGAGGCAUCCAGCGAUGGUGAAUCUGAUGAAUCUGUCGGAUCUCUUCAACGAACUCAACGUAAGAAUACAGCUUCGACACCAAAGCCAACGGUUACAAGACGACCAUCAGCUUCUGAUACAACCGCUGUACACCGUCCCGCAGCCCGUGCAGCCAGCACUGAAUCAAGUGCUUCUACAGAAAGUUCCGGCUCGGCGGUAAAACACACAGGCAACGAAAGACCAGCACCGGUGACUACGAAUGGAACAGGAGGCGGCGCACAACGGGUUCAAAGUCGCUUUGUCGGAUCACAGCGACCUACACCCGCCCCGGCGCCCGCCGAGCCGGCCCACGAAGACUCCGAUACGAGCUCUGAGGAGGAAACCGACUCAUCAGAGGAGAGCGAAGAGGAGCCUGCUCCACAAAGGAAGCCCGAGAGUCAGGCGAUGGCUCGUAGUGAUAUAGGUCCUCUUUUAGCCAGAAGUAGCAACGCUAGAAGUGAUGCAGUAGAUAAUAAAUCAAAUAAAGAAACACCUACUCAAUCGCGAUACCGCACUCGUCAGUCCUCGCAAACAGAAGAAGAGCCAACCCCUCGAUAUGGCGCUAGUGGUUCUUCAUACAGUCGUUAUGGUAGCAAACCAAAAGAUGACGAAUUGACAUCUUCCCUUGAUGAUGAUUCAAAGUAUCCCACUGCUCGGUCUAGAUAUCUUGCUUUAAAAGAACGUCGCAAUCGUCUCGCGAGGAGUAAAAGCAGUCACUCAGGUUUUGGAGGGGGUGACGACGAUGAUCAAGAUGAUCCCGUUUCCCCAACAACCGCAUCGCCAUCAGCUUACCUUGCGGCUCGAUACGGCUCCGGCACUGGAGGUUCAGAGUUGUCUCGUAGCCGAUCUUCCCACGCGCUUAAAUCGAGAGAAAGCUCCCCUGAACGCCCGGUAGCCGGCGAGAAAGACGGAGCGGCUUUAAGUUCCUGGGCGAGGUACUUGAAAAACAAGUACGGCUCGCGAGGGAAAGAUCGCGAUUCGAGCGGAACAUCUUCGAGCACAUCCCGUCGCUUGUCUCUCGGGUUGCCUUUACGCUCAGCUAACGAGCUUGCCAGUUCUGAUGACGAUUCAAAAAACGCGGCAGGCUCCCCCAUCUCCCCUACGGCGGCUACAGCAGCGGUAGCAGGUUUCGCAGUAGCAGGUUCCUCCCCUAGGAGCCAGUAUCUGCAGAAACGCCGUUUACAAUUCAGUGUGGGGAGUCGGGGGAGCGAACCCGGUUGUUUUACAUGGCCUCGUGGCAUCGCUGUAGGUCCCGACAAUAUUAUGGUCGUGGCUGAUUCAUCAAAUCAUCGAGUACAGGUGUUCGAUUCAAACGGCAUAUUCGUCAAAGAAUUCGGUCAAUAUGGGAGUGGGGAAGGCGAAUUUGAUUGCCUCGCUGGGGUCGCUGUCAACAGAAUUGGCCAGUACAUCAUCGCAGAUAGAUACAACCAUCGCAUACAAGUGUUUGACCCAGCUGGCCGCUUCCUGAGAUCUUUCGGCAGCCAGGGUACAGGAGACGGGAAGUUCAACUACCCGUGGGGUAUCACAACUGAUGCCCUCGGAUUUAUCUAUGUCUGUGACAAGGAAAACCAUAGAGUGCAGGUAUUCCAAUCCGAUGGCACGUUUGUGGGUAAAUUUGGCAGUUUUGGAUCUAAGCAGGGUCAGUUAGAGCAUCCACAUUACAUAGCAGUAUCUAGCACCAACCGCGUCCUAGUCUCCGACUCGAACAACCACAGGAUACAAGUAUUCGAUGUUAAUGGACGUGAAUUAUCUUCAUUUGGAGAAGAAGGUUCCGAGGAUGGCCAGUUCAAAUUCCCAAGGGGAGUUGCUGUCGACGACCAAGGAUAUAUAGUAGUAGCUGAUUCAGGCAACAACAGGAUACAGAUCUUUCACCCUGAUGGCACUUUUCUCAGAGCAUUUGGUUCUUGGGGCUGUGGAGACGGAGAGUUUUUUAAAGACUUACAGACAUCAUCAUCGAGAAUAUCAUAUCAAACC